GGAAGAUGUCAAACUUAAAGGCAGUUCACGAAGAAAUUGAGAAAGCUCUCGCCGCCACUCUAAGACAGCGCUUUAUUGAUGGUUUCUGAAUUUGAAGAAAGGGAAUUUGAUGAACGAGAUGUAAAGAUUGUGAAGAAAAAUAAUCGUUAUGGAGAUCUAUAUCUUCGUCUAUUUAUCAGGUCUCGACAAGGAGAUUUGGAUAAAGCUUAUAAAACUUUGAUUGUCUUCGUUGGCGUAAAGACUCAUCAAUACAUGAUUUGAACGAGGACAGUUUUAAAGAUGAUAAAGAAGUUAUUGAAGAAGGACUUUUGUUUUACCAUAAUACAGACAAAAACAAAAAUCCCAUUUUAUAUUUUCAAGGGAAUAAAUACAAACAUAAAAAAGAUGAUGAUAAAAGGAAGAAAUUACAACGAUUAUUUGGCUAUCUUUUAGAGAAGCAGUUUGAAAGACGUUUGGGGAAACAAAUUCUUGUUAUAUGUGAUCACUCAAAUGCUACAAUGGAACAUAUAGAUCUGAAUUUCUUCAAAUUUGUCGCCAAUUUAUUUAAUAUAUACUAUCCCAAUAUUUUAGAUCAUUUUCUUAUUGUGGAUGUAUCAUGCGUGUUUCAUCUGCUUGGAGGAACAUUCAGAAGUGGUUAGGACCAGAUAUUUCACCAAAAUUUAAAUUUGUAACAAAGAUUCAACUCACUGAUUACGUAGAUAAAACAAAACUUCUUACGUCGUUGGAUGGAAAGGAUAAUUACCAAUAUUGUUAUCCUCCAAAUGAUGACACUCAACAUCCAUUUCAACCACUUUUCUUGGAUGAUGUGAUUGGUCUAAAUGGGGAUGGUACAUUUGAAGACGCCAUUGAGAAUAUUGAUUCGUCGGAUGAAAUGUCUCAAGGAAGCAAUGCUCGAUCAAGUGACACAAUUAAAGGCUCACCGGAAACACUUGUGCGAAAACGUUUUUCAAGACUAAAUAACCUAACACCACAGUCAUCGAUAGAAGUACUACCCACUGAAGAAGAAUGUGAACCUAACGAGCUGGUUAUUUCGCCAAAUGAAGAAAUAAUCUUUUGUGAAGAAGAAAAUUUCGAAGACGUUCAGAAAACGUUGAGUUUAAAAAACGUUUGUGAAAGGAAAGUUAUCUAUAAAAUCAAAACAAAUUCGGCUGCCAAUUUUCGUGUGAGACCUAGUGUAGGGUGGUUGGAACCUGGAGCAACUAAAGAAGUGACAAUAAUACUUUUGUCAAAAGCUGAGUCGAAUACAGAAAAACAACGUCAUUGGAGCAAAAACAAAUUUCUUAUUUUGUACGCUAUGCAUGAUGAAGAAAUUUCAAGAGAUACAAGCAUCACUGAGCUUUGGAAGACCAUUCCAAAAUCUUGUUGUAAAGAGUACAGGUUAAAUUGUCGUAUUUUAGAUAGAAAUGGAUUGGAGAAGCGACCAAGAACAAUUGAUGAUGCCAUCGAGAUGAAUUUGAGACUACAGAAACAGCUGCUAGAACUACAAAAUAAGAUGUCAAACGUCACAGCUCCACUUGAAACUAUUCAGGACCAACUUCUUCAACAAAGAAAAUAUUUUUUUUUAGGAAUCUCAAUCACUAUUUUAAUUCUAGUGCUGUUUUGUUUUUACUUGUUACGUUAAGUAUUCUUAGCAAAUAAUUUAGUCAGUACUUGCAGACUAUUACUGGCUAUAAAAUGUAAAUCGUGUAAGAAUGUCAAUAAUUAAAGUUAAAAUUUAAAUUUAGAGAAACAAACUCUACUUUGCAAGUGCUGAACUGUAACGUAUAGCCAUACCAAACCAUUUGCUGUAUUCCUUCUUCUCAUUUUUCUCAUACGACGAAUACAAAAUUCUGUUCAUGCUGAUGAAUGUUUUUAAUAAA